CUUAAAAGAUACUGUAUUUUCUCUCACUGUAUAUCUCUACUCCUGUAUAUUUCAGAGGGUAAUAUUACGAGUUUUACACCAAUACAUUUAUCUGAUAACUUGAUUACUUUACAUCUUAAACUCUACAUGCAAACAUAUGAUGAACUCAUAAGAUAGUUUAAUUUAACUUGUCCUAGACUAGCUACAAAAUAUUGAGUCAGUUUAUACAGGUCCAAAUGCAGAAAUAUACUGUAGGUCACCAGAAACUGAAUUUGAAUCCUUUAUGUUAAAAGUAGAACUUCUCAACAUGCAAAAUUCCAUAAAAACCUGAAUUUGAAUCCCGUCGUUUGAAUUUAUAUUGUUUAACAUUAUUAAUUGCAUUGAAAGUGAGUGAGUGUGUAUUUGCAUAUUUGAAAAUGUAUUUGUGGAUUCCAAAAAACUUGACACUGUAUGUGACAAUGUGAGAUUUAAUUCAUUUGCUCUGAGACAGUUUGUUCCUCCACACAAUUCCACAUUCAGUUCUGAAACGCGCAUUCAGUUCAAAUGAGGAAGAGCGAAGUGUAAAUUAACAGACGUUCUCGGUUCUCUGGACCUGAACGACAUGUAGGUGUGGACAUGGAUCAAUGAGAGUGAAGGAAAUGGUCAAAACCCACAAUAGGUGCUGUGUGACGGUAUUAAAUGAUUUGCUCUAGACUGCAGAUCAGUGUCUCACUAAUGUUCCUAUAUACAAUGCAAAAAAGUUCACACUUCUAUUUUUCACUUCCAACACAAAUGAUCCUUCACCAGGUUCAUUGUGUGGAAUUCUUGUGGGUUUUGAUACAGUAAUAUCCACUGUAUGUACUUUUUUUAUAUUGUGCAAAAGCUUUAAAAAAAUAUUUUUACAGAUUCUGACAAUACAUUCAAAAAUGUCCAUUCUCACUUUUAGAAUUAAUUGACUAAUCUAUCAAUACUGAGGUCACAUAAUAAAUAAAUCAAUAAACAAGCAGUGCUCAAUCUGGGAAAAGUGUAGACAUUUUUUUAAUGAUAGCGUCGUGGUUGUACAAAAUGUUUGUACAAAAUUACCAUAGAUACAUAAAAACAGGUGGCUCCAUUUGCACCACACCUGUUUACAGUAAUUACACGCUGGGCUGUCCCUGUGCAGCAAUUUCACUUCCUCAUGUUUCUAUUGUGAGACUGGAAUUUACUUCUCCCUUCGUCUUUUAUGACUUGAUACCAUGAAUGUUCGCAGCUUCUCUUCACUUCUGUGUGUAUUCCUGUUGUUUCCAAUAGCAGAUGCUUUCUUCGUGCAUGGGUUCAUUCGUUGCCAACUUAUAUCCAAGCAUGAAGUUGUGUAUCUGGAACAAGUCUACUUUAAUAAGAGGCUUAUUGUCCAGUACAACAGCUCCUUGGGAAACUAUACCAGCUACGUCGAAUACAUGAAGGAAGUUGUACACUACCUUAACGACCCAUCUUUUUUGAAAAAAAAGGAAAAGGAUAUUGAGAAAUGCAGAAGCCACUUACCAAAAAUGGAAGUCCUUUCAACACCAGUCAAGCCCUAUGUCAGACUGAGUUCAGCUAAGGCAGAGAGCGGCAGACAUCAGAGAGUCCUCGUCUGCAACGUGUACAACUUUUAUCCCAAACAAAUCAGAGUGACAUGGCUGAGGGACGGAAAGAAUGCAACAUCUGAUGUGACGUCCACUGACAAGCUGGCCAACGGGAACUGGCUCUACCACAUCCACUCCCAUCUGGAGUAUACGCCCAGACUGAGAGAGAAAAUUACCUGUAUGGUGGAGCACGUCAGCUUUAAGGAUCCACAACUUUAUGACUGGGACCCCAUGUCUGAGUCCGAGAGGAAAAAGUUUGCUGUUGGGACUGCAGGGCUGCUGCUGGGUCUUGUUGUUUUACUUGCUGGGGGGAUUUACUACAAGAGGAACACUACUGGUCGGGAGUUGGUGCCAACGGGUUAAGAUUACGUCUGUCAGCUGAAAUAUUUGUAUCCAAACCAAAAUGGCACAGAGGAAACAAGGUCAUGUGGAAUAAAUCACUCAGUUCUUUGGGUAAAAAAGUUUUACUCAAUGAGUGAUUUGUUGUAAAUCUUCGGGAGUAUUUGUGUUUUGAUAUCAAAUUAUUAGAAAAUAAGCUUUUAUGAUUGUGUUUCUGUGGGAUUUGGGUGAAGUGGAAAAUAUUACGUUUUUCUUUUGCACUGUACAAAUCACAAUGAUUCAAGGGAUAAUCUGUUUUUACAAUGGUAUGGCCAAACUGAGGAAGGCCAUUUAUUGUCAUUCAGUUAAAUUUGCUAGUGAUUCACAAA